AUGAACGAUUUAAAAAAUUGUAAAGAGACACCGUUCGUUAAUCUGAGCAUACCCAAGAUAAAUGUGGAUUGGCUGAUUACAUGUAACCGGAAUUUGGGCUGUAAAUCUAAGGAGCAAGGAGCUGGGGGGCGGGGUACUCUGGCUGGAGAAUCCAGGGCAGGAUAUCUUGAGGACGGUGGUCGGGGUGAGAGGCAGCCUGUUGAGAAGCAGGGCUAUCGAAGGAACUCUGCUAUGAAUAUUUAUGGAGAGAAGGGCGUUAGUGGAGAUUUUGGAGAGGAGAUGAACGAUCUGCGACGGACGCGAUCUCUUUCGAUCGAUAAUAGAGGUCAUACGAGCGAGACCCGUGGUAAGAAGCAUGGAAUUUGGGCUAGAAUGUUUGGGAUUCGACCAGAACGAGGAUGUAACGAACGAAGAAUGUUGUAUAACAGUUCUGCUGUUAGUAGGUUGGUGAAAAAUAGGAAGAGGAUUUCAGUAUCAGCCGGUCCUUCAGUGGAGCGUGGCUCCGUGCGUUCUUCUUCACCUAGAUCUGAGGGUGCUGGGACUACUCAGUCAGCCCGACCUUCGAAGGGGAUAAGAGAGCCUAAUAGAUUAUACGAGAGUAAGAAGGAUGCAAAGUUGACGGAGUUUUUGAAGUAUUACAAAGUGGUGGGGUUCUCUGUGUUCCAGAGGCAACUACAGCAACUAGAUCAUCAGAAUUCAUCUAAAUGUAUUUUAAGUACUCUUUUUCCGCAGGGUUCAGAGCCCACGUUAUCUAUGUCGAUAACAGAUACCUUAGAAGACAAGCCUUGUCCAACGGAUACUUUGGGAAGACCAAUACCUCCACACCCAGCUAAACCGAGACUAAAGCCAGCUUUGAAACGAACUCGAAAGAUAUCACAUGUAGAUUCUACUUCAGUGAAAAAUAAAAGCGAUAAUUCUGCCACAAAUAAGUUUGGUGCAUUUUUAAAACGUGUUACCUCGUAUUCAGCUGAUGGGUCCAACAACAGUUCGUUGAGCUCAGUAGAUCUUAACACAGAAGAUCAAAAAGUGUGUCCCGCAAGCUCUGGUAUGAGCACUGAGCCGGCUAAUUUAAUGCCGAAGUUCAACACUAUUCCCGGUUUAGAAGAUCUGAAGCCGUUGAGGAGGGUUUCUUUUUCAAUGAACACCUAUUUCAAUAAUCCACCUCAACAGAUAUGUUCUACUAAUCCAAGAAAGGGAGAAGUUGAGGUGAUGGAUGACAACUCCGUUGUCAUACAUAGAUUAACCGCUGCUGAAAAGCGGGAAUUAGUGCAAAAUUCUAGCUGUGGUGUGGUUGUUGGGGGGACAGGACAUUUAAAAUUUCUGCAGAAACCAUUGCCCAGUGAAGUAGAAGUCGAAUCAAUAGGCCCUAAAGUAGAAGAGCAACAGGAUAAACUCAAGUCUCAAGCAAAGAGUUCGGAGAAGUUAACUACAAUUGAAGAAAAUCAAUCAACUGAUAUUAAAGUUACUGAGAUUGAGGCAGGUGUUGAAAUCAGCUCAUCAGAAGAAAAGUGUAAAACUGCAAACGAUGAAGAGGAUGUUACUGUAAAUACAUCUAUUGAAAAUGCUAAGAUAGAUAAACCAAUGCUCAGAAGACGUGCCGAAUCGCCAAUAUCAAUAUCUUCAGCUGAGUCAUCAAUCGACAUAUCUUCAUCGGACGACAUGUUACCCCCACCUAAUCCGGAAAUACCCAACAAUAUCUUGUAUACCCGUUGUUGUUAUUUGAGGGAAAUUUUACCAAUUCCGGCUACCUUAAAUCAGUUAAAGCAAGACUCUGCAGAUCCGGUACCCUUAUUACAAUUACGGAAUCCGAAGCCUUCUAUGGUGGAGGUCUUGGCUUUCAGUGAUUUUCUCUCUGUUGCGCCAGUGCUGUGCCUCUCGAUGGAUAAUGUUUCCUUAAGUUUGCAAAUGUUCCGUCUUAUAUUGACCUCUUUGACUUACAAAGAUACCUUAGAGAAAUUAUCCCUCCGAAAUACUCCAAUUGAUGAGGAAGGUUGGAAGGUUUUAUGUUAUUUCAUUUCCAAGUGUAAGAGUCUACGUGCGUUGGACCUCACUAUGGUCCCAGCGAUUUCUGGAAAAUUGCCAAACACUUCAAAACGUUUUAGCCAAUGUGCGACUCCUAGAAUGACAUGUGAUAUGACAGAUAGGUCAAAGCGUAAUUGGGAUCUUUUUACUGCAGUUCUCGCUACAAAUGGAGGUUUAGAAGAAGUUGUAUUAUCUGGUGCCAAGAUGUCCUUGGAUGAAUUCAGGAAUUUUAUGCAGAUCGGUUGUACCUCUAUUGAACGGUUAGGCUUGGCUUAUAAUGAACUAUCUGCAGAACAAGUUAUACUAUUGUCUAAUUGGUUAUUAGAAAGCAAAGCUACUGGCGUUGACAUUGGUUUCAAUGAUUUAAAUGGGAAAAUGGCACCGUUUGCUGAAGUUUUAAUUCGUAAGGCAAAAAGUGCAAACAACACAGUCAGUUGCAUCUCCCUGAAUUCAACACAUCUAGAAAUUCCUCCAGAUGCUACAUUUGAAAAUAAUGACGCUACAGCCUUAUUGAAUGCGUUAGGAUAUUGUGUCAACUUAAAAUUCCUUGAUUUAUCAAACAAUCCGAAGUUGUUUUCACAAACCCUUGCCCCGUUGACCGAUUUGUUACCAGUGUUUGUGAAUUUGGUUCGGAUACAUUUGGAUUUUAAUAAUUUUAAAAGUACCGAUAUUAUCACAUUGGCAGAAGUUUUACCAAUGUGCAGCAGCCUAAACUACUUAUCCAUAUUAGGAGCCCCACUUGAUAUUCAUUCCAGCACUGCAUUAUCAAUGUCUAUAAAGAAAAGCACUGCAUUAUUUACCCUAGAUGCUGAUUUUGAAAAUGUUCCAGAUAAGAUCAAGCAGAAAAUAUCUUUGUACAGUAUACGAAACAUGGAAAAUGCAUUAGCAGGUGGUAAUAAUUACCACGAAACACAGCAGCUCUCAAAACUGCAACAGGAAUUAGCAGUUUUAUUGACUGAAAAAAUUACAAGUAACCAUGACGAAUUAGUCCAAAAAUUUGCACAAGAAAUCCAUGGACUUCGUUCCAGGUUGAGAAAAGUUAUCGAACAGUUGUUUAAAUUACGUGUCAAAGGCGAAUUAAACACAGAAGGUAAGGAAGCUUUAAUUCGUUUUUGUUUUGUUGAUGCAAGCCUUGAAAAGGGAUUACACUUAUUAGCUCAAAGAUAUGAAAAAAAAUCACCUAUAAUAUUUGAUAUCCUUAUGCAAGCAGAUGCUGACACCCAUGGUUGUAACAUUAAGAACAUCCCAAUGGAGCAAGAAAGUUUAAAAAGGCCUUUGCAGAAUAACGCGGAUUGUAUCCGCCAUGUAUCUUCAGUAUCGAGCCUUUCAUCUUUCUCGUUUCAAGAAAGCGGCCAUGCUGCUUUAUUACCAUUCCACCAUUCCUCAUUUGAAACUUUAGAUGCUGUAGAAAAUACCGUUGAACUAAGGUCGUCAGAACCCUCUACUGUACCUUUGCAAGCUCAAGAGCAAACUAAAGAAGAAGGUGAGUUAUUUAAAAGGACAAGAGGCCUCAUAAAAGAAUUAAAAAAGUCUGCUGAGCAUCGUGGUACUACAGUUAACACUGAAUCUUUAAAAAAAAUCAGUGACAAAUAUGACUGCGAGCAGUUAAAAGAUUUGAUAUUUCACCUCGACGUGAAUAAACUCUUGGAAAGCUUAGACACAUUAGAAGCUCGUGGCAUUCCAGUAGAUAGUAUAUUCAAAAAAGAUCCUAAUGACCCUACGCUUAUUAAUACUCAAUCGAUUAAUGACAGCAGUAAUGAAAUGUCUGACUGCUCCCUAGAUAAAGAAACUUGGGAACACGAUGAAAGCAGCAUUGAUGUAUCUGAUACUGAGAUAAUUGAUCGUGCUUAUGACGAGGUUCUAAACAAUCUAGAGAAGACUAGAGCAAAUAGAGAAACCGAAUGA